AUGUCCGACGAGUUUCUACAAGACACGCUCAAGCGGACCCACGAUGAUGGCAACGGGCCGGCCGUCAAGCGAGCACAUCUACAGGAUGAUGAUGAAGAUGUCCUGCUGAAGAUACUCAUCCCAUCAUCGGCAGUCGGCGCUAUCAUCGGAAAGGGCGGCGAGACGAUGCGCACACUCAAGAACGACACGAAAUGUCGGGUGCAGAUGAGCAAAAACCAGGACGUAUAUCCAGGCACAAACGAGCGGAUCUGCCUGGUGCGAGGCCGCAUCAGCCAAGUGAUGAUCGUCAUCGAGACGCUAAUGGGGAAGAUUCGCGGCAAGGUGGAGGGCUCAGCACGCGAUCCGUUCGACCACAAGGAUGUGCCGAGGGCAAAUGAAGUGAAGAUCCUGAUGCCGAACACGUCGGCGGCGAUGGUGAUCGGAAGGGGCGGGAUGAACAUUCGCGAUAUUCGAGAGGGAACCGGAUGUCAGAUUCAGGUUUUCCCCAAAUCGGGCACCGUCGAGGCGCAGAGCUCACAGGAACGCGUCGUCACCAUGGCCCACGAUGACCUUCACAAGCUGCUCGAGGCCGUUGAACGGGUGCUGGAGAGGGUGGCCGCCGAUCCACAACACGCCCAGUAUGCCGACAAGGAUCACGACAGCUUCAUCUCGGGUGCCUCGGCGUCGAGCGGUUUCUUCUCGGCCCAAUCUGCCCUCAACGCCCCCAAGUUCAACGGCUUCUCGUCGGCCGGCGCCUUCCAGUUCAACCCGCUGCAGAAUCUCGGCAACAAUGAGCUGCUGAGUUUCCUCGACAGCCUGCAGGCAACGCUGCGCACUUCCGGCUUCAACGAGAUGGCCGUCACGGAGGUGAUGCAGGCAAUGCAGGUGUUGGCCAAGUACAACAUCAUGGGGCUCGGAUUGGGGCUCGGCGUGGCGGCAAUGGCUCAGAUGAGGAGCGGUCAAGAGAAUGGCGGCUACCCCGCAUCGAAUGUGUUCAGUGGAAGCACGACGGCCCUCGACCAAUCCUUCAACACACAAGGGAAUCAACCGACGGGCAGUCAAUGCUGGGGCUACAGCAUCUCGCAAAUGGGUCAACCGCAGAAUAUGCCACUUCUCACUCGUCUGAACACCGUCGAGGCGGGCGGUCACGCGGCGUCCGUCAUCAGCAGCAUGGAAUCGAGGGAGGAGAAUCAGCUCGACGUUCAGGUUCCCGACUCGUACAUUGGUGCAAUUCUGGGAUCGCGUGCGCGCACCCUGAUCGACAUCCAACAACAAACCGGGGCCAAGAUCACCGUCCACAAGAGGGGCGAGGAGCCGUUUCCGCUUCACGACGAUGACACGCGGCUUAUCAGUAUUGUCGGCGAUGCGGACCAACGCCUUGCCGGACGUCUUCUGAUCGAGCGCGUCAUCAACGACAAUUUCAACCGUCGUCAAGUGUCG